CUCUCUGAACGUACUGACGUGUCUUGGGAAGUGUUUAGUGUGAUCCGGGAACUGCUUAUACACGCACCCCACUCCCCUUCACAAGAAACGAAAGUGACAGGGAGGGGGGAAAAGCAAGUAAGCUGCUUUUUCUUCCCCCUCCUCCUUACAGUAUCGAGAUGGAAGGAAACGUCUAUGGCGCGGCUAAAGCAGGAGGAGCGUUUGACUUAGAGAACUUUCUGAAGCAGCCUCAGACUAUCACCCGGAUAGUGAGCUGGGUCUUUUCAAUAAUUGUAUUUGGCUGCAUCACGAGUGAGGGUUACAUGAAUUCAAUUCAAUCUUCACAACUGGAAUGUAUCUUCAAUCAGAAUGUGGAUGCUUGUCACUAUGGUGUAGGAAUUGGAGUGAUUGCAUUUCUCAUUUGUAUAGUCUUCUUUGCUCUUGAUGUCUACUUUCCUCAGAUCAGCAAUGCUGACCAACGCAAGCACAUCGUUAUGGCUGACCUUGGAAUUUCAGGCUGCUGGACCUUCCUGUGGUUUGUUGGCUUUUGUUUCCUCACCAAUCAAUGGGUGUCAACAACUGAGAUGCCAAUCGUAGGUGUGGAUAGUGCACGGGCUACCAUCGCCUUCACCUUCUUCUCCAUUUUCAGCUGGGGAUUGCUAUCUUGUUUUGCCUACAAGAGGUAUCGCAUGGGUGCAGAGGACUUCAAUGAGAAGUAUGUGGAUCCAUCAAACGAUUACCCUCCGUAUCCCAAUGUUACUGACAACUACCAGCAGCCGCCAUUUGGUAACACUAUCCGGUCGGAAUCUGAGGAUUACAAGCCACCUACAUACUAAACCAAAGUGAGCAGUUCUGCCUGCAGCUCCUGGAGUGUGAGGCAAACUGAACCAUACAAUGGCAAGCAGGAAGAGACAUUUGCUGUUACAAUAAUAGUCUUUGUUUUCAAUCUCGCUUUACCCUGUCACCCCCCCCCCCCCCCCCCCCUUUCUUUUCCCAGCUAUAAUGCCCAGGCUCCUUGAUAGAAGGUAUGCUGCCAGGUUUCCUAUGACACCACUGGCCACCAGAAGUCUGUGUUUGUGUGUGUGUGUGUGUGUGUGUGUAGAGCAACCUCACUGGGCCGCUUCCACUUCCUCACUAUGAAGCGAUGGCAAGUCUCUGCUUGGCAUCUAAGCAGCAGUGCAUUCCUGAAAGGGAGUGUGUCGUAAAGAGCAACCUUUGACACUACCCCACUUCCCUCCCAGCUCUUUCCUUUCCACUUCUCAAAGUUAACCUUUCAAUUUGAGAUCCUGUUCAUCCAAAUACAAAGCUGUUGCAAGUUUCAGUUUCCAGUGUCACUCUUUCAACCUCGCUGUUUUAAAUGUUAUCAUUUAUUGUGAUAUCAUACGCUAAAAUGAUCUUUUAAAUGUAUUCAGAACCAUUUUUGCAACUAUUAACUAGGUAACCAUUCUUGGUUUUUAAUUGAUUGCAGAACACUUUCUUCACAGAACGUGUAAUUUACAAGCACCUAUCAGUUUGUUCCUAUAUAUGUUGUAAAAUCUAACUUUUCACUGCUGGGACUCUGAUACUCCCUCCCAUAUGCAUGGUACAUUUCCUCAUUGAAUUGUCGGUUUGGGAACUCGCUGGUCAGAACCCUGCCUCUAAUUUUGGCAAAGGCAUCAUCAGCAAAAGCUGUUUGUAGAAAAUCACCUUGUUCCUGUGCCUGAGGCCCCAGGAGAACCACCGCUUGAUAUGGUCCUGUUUGCUUGAAACCAUUUUAGCUCUAUCUCUACUUCAAUCAAGCAAUGUCUCUAGCACUGUCCAUUAGAUCCUCCUCUGAAGCCCUACCCAAAAACCUUUCCCUGAACAAUGUGCUUUUGUUAGUAAAGUGCACCAGGUCAUCAUGCACUGACAAUUUAAAGGUUGCAUCGGAGUGGUUUGAGCCACAGUGCCAGGCAAACACUAGAGCUGCCCACAAUUGCUGAACGUGACUUGCAUUGUAAAAGGGGAGGUUGGCAGCAGUAGAAUAGACAAAGUAAAGAGGGCACACAUGAAGUAAAUAGUGGGUGUGAGCUCAGGAUAAAACUUCCUUUUUAGUAUAACGUUAAAUAUCCCGAUCACAGAAUAGCGUCAGAAAAUAUCACCAUUCAGCUGAAGGGAAUUAUUUCAGUCUGAAGUUUCAAAUCUUGGUUGUUAGCUGUUUUUAUUUUGUAUUUAAACUCUAAUUAUCCAUGAUCUGUCAUCAGCUAAAGAAAUUUUGACUUGAUGUUUUUUAAAAGGAAAAUUGAAGCAUGUGUCAUAAUUUUGGUGAUAUCCCUCAACCUACUGAGUAGGGAAUGAUAACCUUAAUAUAUUUGGUUUAAUAUCCAGAGUAGCAUAAUCUGUGGAACUUAAGAUUUCAGCAAACAUUGACCCCUUCAAGAUGGAAGCAUUACAGGAUGAUGAAAAAUGUAUUUGAGUAAGUGCAGGCCUGUGAAAAUUAAUGGAUGAUUUAUGGCAUGAGUACAAGAUGAACAAGUGAAUUGUGUAUAAGCUGUGCUCCAAUUUUAACUAGUCAAGAAUGACAAAAGUGGAGUUAUGAUGGCAAGAUUGGAAGUUAGAUUUAUGAUAACCUGAAUGCAAACAUUUAAGUGAAAUACUGGCUCUGGUGAAGUGAAUUUAAAUCUGUUCAUCAAUCGCAUAUAAAUUUCAUUGCUGUUCUAAGGGAAGGAUUUCAGUGUAUUAAACUCCCACCUCCCACUGUAUCUGUUCUGAAUAGAAACAUUUAUGCAGAUUCUUAACUACGUCUGACACUCUUGAAGUUCAGCAUUAGAUUUUUGAACUUGUGGAGAUUUCUGAUGUUUGCAGCCAAGGAUUGGUGAGGAAAUAUUUUGUACCUUUUUACAUUUACUUUGGUCCCGAUGCUCAUCACCCAGUGUUUUUCCACAACAUUAAAACAGAUUCUGAUCACUUCAUUACUUUUAGCCAAGACCCUAGAAUUUUUUUUUCCAUUGGCUUUUCCUGAUUGGUGUAGGUAACUUUUUGAUGGAACCUCUACAGAUAUAGUGAACAACAUCUUCCUUGUAUAUCACAGGGUUGCAGCAGUGUUUGGGAGAAACUGUCCAUUCCAGGCAUGUUUUGUUACUCGAUAACAGACAGUCCCUGCACUUUGAGCUUGUAAAAAGACUCUAUUUCGUGUCUGCAUUGAAUCCAUAAAUAUCCAGCAAAAUCAGUUGGAUACAGUUUGAAGCAUUUGUGACCUUUUUUGAAUGAUUGCUCUAUUUAAAUGCAUGUGGCUGUAGGACAUGUUUUAAGAUAAUGGGGUAGAAGUUGUACCAAUCAAUUGAAUCACGUCAUUGAUAAAUUUGUGUUUCUGGUAAAUCUAAUAGAAUAGUUAAAUAUCAAUAUAAUGCCAAUUUAUAAUGUUUAUAGGAUAUGAAGCAUACUAUUGUGCUGUACAUCCCUGUGUUCCCUUAGGAGAUGAUUCCUCAGGAAUUGGUCUCCCAUUUAUUCCGAUAAGCUACACAUCCCUGGGACAGACACUAGGCUGAGCCAAACGUGAACUAGUCUUUAGGCAAACUGUUCAACACUUGUUCUCUUUUUGCAGGGAGGUUUGAACAGCUUGUCAUCCACUGUUUGUGGUUCACAGUUUGUCACGUGCAAAAGUAACCUUUUUUAAUGCAUUCCUGGAACAAGGGAGCUCGCCAAAUGCUGGGUGUGAACUAAUUGAUCCCACAUUGAUCUUUUCUGGUUUCAUUAUUUGUAGCAGGUUUAUUUCAUAUUAGGGUGUAUAAAUGAAUAUAACCUGUGCAUCUGAAGUUACAUACUGCAAGGAAUUUACUUGAAAUUUGUCUGGAUUUCUUCAUUUCAGACAUGAUGAUAUGUUUAUAAGCAUCUAAAUUAGGCCAGACUCAGACUAUAAAAAUACUCUAUAGAUCCUAAAACUGAGUAAGUAAUCCAAGCUGCGCGCACAGUUCAGAUUAAAAUAACCCAGGAGAGUAAACUGUUGUGAUUUAAAAACAGGGACAAACUGAUGACAUUGAACAUCUGCGUUGGGUGGUUAAAUUACAUAAGUGUCAAGGGUUGUAUUCAAUCAUUAAGUCAGAGUUACAGGACUGGAGAUGGAACACGAAGUUCUGGGCAUGUCUGUUAUUGUGAAGGCAUUAAAUCAUGGCAUCAUCCUGUUCAGGGAAGAUGUCUAAGAUCAGAUGGCAUUUCUUUUUUAAAUUUUUUUUUGAAGAGAAGUGUUCCUUCUGGUGUUGUGGCCAAUUUGAUUUAACUCUACAACUGAUCACUAAAACAGGUAAUUAUGUUUUUGGGAGCUUUUGCUAUGCAUGUAUUGACUUGAUGAAAGGCACUAAAAAUACUCUUUGUAAUUCAUCUGAUUUGAUACAAGACUCAAAUCAGACAUUUUGGGAGUACGAGGUGCCAGAGGGGAGAGAUCCAUUGUUCUUGCAACAGAGCGGUUUCACCACUGUCAUAUUGUGUGGUAUACAGUCAUGAUCUUGAUAUUUUAUUUGCAUUAGGAACAAAGCUUAUUUAUUUGUGACUAUUUCCACUAGGUUAGAAUGUCUGUCUGUAAUCUCCUCCACCCCAAUAGGUUGCAACAAAAAAACCUGGAUCCAAUCAGUUUGAAUAUUUAAAAAAGGUGCUUUCCAAUUAUCUUAAUGCAUUCUGAAUGAAAGCAAAGAUCUUCAGAUGCUGGAAAUCUGAAAUUAAAAAAGUGCUAGAGAAACUCAACUGGUCAGCCAUCCUCUGAAAAGAGAGAGUUAAAGUUCGGAGUUCAGUGUGAUUUUUUUUUUGAGUCCGAUACAAGUCUUCAGAACACCUCAAUGUUAGUUUCUCUGUCCAGAGAUUCUACCACUCCUGCUGAGUUUCACCAGCAUUUUUUGUUUUUAUAAAUGUUCGUUGGGCUGACUGGGCAAUAUACAUUCAUCAAUGAAAAGAGCAAAUUUAACAACUUUCAGAAUGGAAUCAUCUUGUUCCAAAGUUGGACUUCUGCAUUUUUUAAAAAAAAGCCAAGAAAUGUACAGCACAGCCAGAAUCUGAGCAGCUGCCUAAAAGGCUCAUGGUUUGGAUGAAACUCUCCUGAAUCAGUGUGGUUAACAUUUCGCUUUCCUGCUAUGCUCAUGUAUUUUUUUAAAAUCUCUACUUGGAGCUUUCUAUAUUUUGUGCAAAGAUGCUUUUGAAAAUGGUAGGAACUUUGGGGAGGAAAAGUGUCUGGAGCACACGUGUCCCUGACAGAAUUAUAGCUGUAAUAAAUUCUUCAGGGCUGCCCCUUCAGUGCUGAGGAGUUGGAAGAGGUUAUUUAACUCUAUUAAAAUUUAGAUAUACAUCAUUUCUGGAAUCCACAAAUUGUUGCUUAAGUUAGAUUUGUUUUCUUCGGUAUCACUUUUAUAUUCUGUAAUUUGUCUAAUAACCAAAAUCACUCUUUGGUAAAAGGAAUCUUUUUGUAUUCUUUAUAAACUACUGAAAUAGGGUUUUUAAAAAAAAGAGAUUUAAUAUGAUGUAGCUUUUGGUUCACUGUGGCUUCUAUUGAUUUGAAUUUUAAAAACUUGGCAAAAAUUGCACUGAGAAAGUGUUGCAUAUAAACUGGCAAUUUGGUGUAAGAUGUCUGCAGGACAGGUGGGGCUAUGCAGAUUCUUGGCAUUAUUUCAGCAUUCAAGUUGAGAUACUGUCUGGAUUGGACAUGUCUGUUUGUCAGGUGCAAAUAGAAACCAUCCCCUCCGCUGAUGUGUGGUACUGUGACCAGUUUGGCACUAGGAACACAUCACACCAAAUUACAGCAGCACAGCAUGUGCUCCUAUUGUACUGUGGUGUGCAGAGCUGUAGCACAGUAUGUAAGCUGGUGCCAGUUGUCAGUUUUUAAUCUAUUAAUUUUCACCUGAAUCCACUGUGUGUGAAGACUCCAACUGCACCAAGCUCGAAUGAGCACUUUGCUUUAAUAUUGAUGCACUGCUCAGUUAAAGAAUGAUUGAACAGCAACUUAAAAUCUGCACUAGGAGAUAGCUUUUAUUGAAAUGGGAAUUUUACAGGUUAAUUCUCAAAUUCAUGAAAUUGGGAAUCUUCUUAAGGUAUUAGCAAUAUGCUUGAUCUAUAUUCAUCUGGUACAGAUACUCUUUGUACCGGACUUAUUAAUUACAAUUGAAAAGUGCCAAAUGAUGGAAAGUCUAUUUCACGUAGUUUCUGGGUAAGUGUUUUGACUUGUUCCCACCCUUUUUUUGUUUUGUUUAGAGGGCUAUGUGCUUUUCUUAUGAUUAAGCCUGAGUUCCUAAUUCUGAUCACUAUCCACUGAUUUCCCCACCUAGUUACUGAUAAAGCCCACUUUGGGAGAAAUCUGGUUUAGCUGUGAUGUCCUUUUAGAAUAUUGAAACCUAUGGACUGAUACAUAACAGGAGUUAGUGCCUUCAGAAGAGAAAAAUAUUUUUCUUUCACUUUGCCAAGAUGGAAGAUCAUUUGCUUUUUAAUUGUUCAGGUAAAGGGGAUAGCAAUUGGUUGGGUAUUGGAAGAAUAAGCUUUUAUUUUAAAAUCAUGUGGACUGUACAUUCAACAACCAAAGAUUUUAUUUUGUACUGCGAAAGCAGAAAAAACUGGUGUGAACCUUUUUUUGAACAUUUCUAUCUGGUUCUCCUGCUGUGGCUUCAAAUGCCUUUUGUAAUUAAUAUGGAUUUGUAUUGGAGCUUACAUAGGCAUUUUUCACUGGACUGAAGCUUUCAAAUAAAGUUAUUGAUCAUAAUGCUCAAUCCACUGUACAAAUAAACACCUUUUUCAAAAG